UGGACGAGGCGCACGCUCGAUGCGAGGCAGCGCGUGCUUUCAUGCGUGCGGAGACCGGUGGAAGCGGUACCAGGACCACGGCCAGUCCUGGACGUCCACGUCGUCCUGGUCGUAGGCGUCGCCGCGCGAUCCGUCCCGGCCGGACCAGUUCGGAAAGUGGUUGAGGUGUCCAGCCGUCGUCAUCGUCGCGCCGACCACGCGGCACACGCGCGUACACGCACGUGCCUGAGUGCUCGGUGUAUGUGUGACAGGCGGCGUGAGCGCGACGGAGACGAGCGGCUACCGAGCGCGGCCGAGCGCGGGCGAGGAUCCGCGAUCAUAGCUCGCGGCGUCCUGCCGCGCAGCCGAUUGGUCGACGGCCCGAGGAAGUGGUCACCGCUGACAAGGGUUCCGAGCAGGCCGCCACGUGAGUCGAGUGCAGCCACCGCGAGGUAGAAUAGCGCGCGCGCCCACACACACGUACAGCGGAGAGACUUUUCGACCUUCCGCAUUUGGAGAGACACAGGGACGUCGCGGAAGCGACUGUGAUCCGGAAGUGUCUCUCCGGUGUCUGUGGACCGGUGGAGGACUCGCGAUGAACUCGCACGGGAGGGCGCUCUGAAAGAGAGAAGAACUUCACCUCUCUGAUGAAACACCUUGCUUCCCUCCCCUCGACCCCUCCCUCGGUUAUGUGUCACGGAAGGUCGUCAUGUUGCCCCGCGGCGGUGUGAGAAUCCCUCAUCGCCGAUGACGCUCGUUACAGGGGAGUGAGAUCGUAUCGGCCAGGAUCUCGCGCCAUUUGUCGAAAUGGGACCGAUGGAACUUGUGUGAUUAGGACAAAAACUCCGAGAGAGUGGUAGCCGCGAGGUAUCGUGCAAGUCACGUUACUCCGAUUACUUCCCCGAGACGCGCCGGUUACGAGGUGAAGCGGUGUUGUGGUCUCCGAGCGAGAGAGAUAGACGACGCACCGGCCGAUCGCUCGCCGGUCGCUCUCGAGAGACAAGAAACUCUUCUCGUAUCAGACUUCAGCUUCUCGUGUGUCCGUGCAAUUAAUACGCCGCGUGGCACACCGGCUGAUCACCCCGAUCGAGCGCGCGAAUCCGACGUUCUUUCCGGAGCGCGCAAGUGCGCCGCGGGCUGACGCUCCGACUUCGAUUCUCUUAAUUUCUGCCGCGCGACACAUUGUCGCGCACCAGCCACGUGAGUGAUCGAUCGCGACCUACGACAACGUCGAGCGAAGAAGAGACGCGCGCUCUUUCGCCCGCGGAGCGAGUGCUCGCGUAGCCGAGGAUGGAGGACCGACGAGCGCGAUCGAGGAUCGAGGACCCGGGGUUCCCAGUCCCCGCGGACCUCUAGUUUCCCUCCUCUAGCCGUGACACUCGGCGAGGUAAUAGCACGUUCUCCGAUCGUCGGCGCGACGAGGAUUCGUCGACGAGCGGACCUUUUGCGCGUUCCUUCCGCUCUCGAGCGAAGAACUUCCUCCUCGGGUGAGAAAAGGGAGGGAAGGAGAAGCCCGAAGCGGGAAAGUUCGAAUUGCGGAGGCACGUCGUUGCGGAAGAAGCCGCGUGGUCGAUCGAUCGAUGGUGACUCGACGUCAAGGACCGCCGCAGUGACUCCGGUGAACUCUCUUCGGUGAGAGAGAAUCGAGCGGGACGCGGGGAAGGGAGAGUGUGAAAAAGGUGGGUGCGUGCUCGGAGGAGGUAACGAAGAGAACUCGAACAGAGUCCGCCCGCCGCCAGCGAGAAAAAGUGUACCAGGCGUUUAACGCAACUCGGAUCAAGCUGGAUUUUCGCGCCCGCGAUAUAUCGCGCUUUCCGCUUGGGGACGUGAGGAGGCCCGAAGGAGCGUAGAUGAUUUCUACUGCCUGCGUCCUCGAAAGAGCUUCCAGUUCUAUGCUGGCGUACUUCCUCGGUACGACCUGGGCUUGCGUCGGAGUAGCUAGUAAACCGUAUCUCGCUGGCGACGAGAAGGAUAAGACGGGGAGGCACUCGGCGAGGACGCGGGUGAGCGCAACGAAGCGCGGGAGAAGAAGAAGAAGAGGCAGUCCGGAGAGCGCAGACGCAGGCGCCGUAGGUGAUGUGAGGCUGGCGCCCGCCUCACGUUUGGGGUGAUGCCCUCCAGUGAGCCCCAUCCCCCCCAGUACCACCUUCAACACCACAACAUUCCUCCCUCGCACCUACAGCAACACACGUCGAGCGCGAUCGGGCAGCAUCAGCUCUAUCAGCAGCUGGUGGCGGCCCAUCAUCAGCAACAGCAACAGCGCCAGCAGCAACACGGCGUACCCUUUCAAAAUUCCACGUACGCGCAGCAGAAGCAGGAGAUGAGCCCGGAGGAGGAGGGGGGCCGCGGGGGUGGGUCCCCCCCGGCGGCUGGGGCUGCUCUUCACCAGCCCCAUCACCCCCGCACGGCUAGUCCACCCUCGGGCACGGAACCCUGCACCCGCGACGCGAUACCGACACCGACGCCGAUCGCGGACACCACCACCACCACCACCACUACCAUGACGAUGCAGUCGCAGCAGCAGCAACAACAACAACAGCAGGGUCCGAGUCCGAGCCCGAGCCCGACGGGCGGCGACGUGGAGAAGUUCGACGGUAAGAUCGUCUACAACCCGGACGGGUCGGCCUACAUCAUCGAGGGCGAGAGCGAGCUCAGCGAGGACGACUCGUUGCCGGACGGCUGUAUCGUGGACGGGCGCGGUGUAUCGGUUCCUCACACUGUAGUUUUCCCACAUAUCGCGAGCGCGUUCUACGUGUCGCGGCUGUACGCGCAACAGGCGACCGCCUACCAGCAGCAGCAACAGCAGCAGCAACGCUCCGCGGUCCAGCAGCACAAUCCCGAUCUUCCGGUGAUGCACAGUUAUCGGGUGAUCAGUUACAGGAGCGCGGAAGGCAGCAAGCAACCACCCCCGGCGGCCGCGGUGCCACCGCCGCCUGCCGCCUCGGUACCUGUCAAGCCUAUUCUAAUGUGUUUCAUAUGCAAGCUCAGUUUCGGCUACGCCAAGAGUUUCGUCGCCCACGCCCAGGGCGAGCACCAGCUCACCCUGAUGGAGGACGAACGGCAGAUACUCUCUCACUCGACCGCGUCGGCCAUCAUACAGGCCGUGGGCAGGGGAAAGCAGCCGCUGGUCAGUUUCCUCGAACCUGUCACGAGCUCGACCUGCGCCCAGGUGUCGCCCGUGCAGAAUCAGCAGCAGCAGCAACAACAGAGAAACGAGUCCAUGGAGAACGAGACACCGACGACGACGAGCACGCCGGCGAGCACCCCCGGUGUACCGAGCAGUCCUCAGCAGCAGCAGCAGCAGUCGCACCAGCAACGGCCCUCGCCGAGCACCCCCACCACGCCCACCUCGCACUCGAGUCAUCCGCUCGCGUACAAUCAUCAGCAACAGCAGCAGCAGCACCAGUGGAUGAGCGCAGGCGCGCAGGUGAGCGCGGCCUCCUGGGCGAAGGCGUCCGACGCGAUGCACUACACCUCCCCGCCGCCGUCGAGCUCCUCCACCAAGGGAUCCCCGUCUUCGUACGUCGCUCUCACGCAACAGCCGCCGAACUUUCUCACCGGCACGACGAUAGGCGUCUGUCCGGAGCACAUGCAGGGCAGACCGAGCGGGGUGGAGUGCCCGAAGUGCGAGCUGAUACUGAACCGACACCCUCCCGGCGGGAUGCUCGCCGGCAUCCACAGCCGGAACUCCUGCAAGACCCUCAAGUGUCCCAAGUGUAACUGGCACUACAAGUAUCAGGAGACCCUCGAGAUACACAUGAAGGAGAAGCACCCGGACAGCGAGACCUCCUGCAUCUACUGCAUCGCCGGGCAGCCCCACCCGAGGUUAGCGCGCGGCGAGACCUACACCUGCGGCUACAAGCCGUACAGAUGCGAAGUGUGCAAUUACUCGACCACGACGAAGGGCAACCUCAGCAUACACAUGCAGAGCGACAAGCACCUGAACAACAUGCAGGAGCUGCAGCAAGGCGGCGGGGGUGGCUCCGGCAGCAGCAACCCCUCGUCGUCGCAGGACGCGCCGCUGCCGACGCGGAGCCCCCACCACCAGCAGAAUCACAGCCCGCACCUCGCGGCUCCGGGCGGCAAUCAGAGCAAGCCGAAGCCCACCUUUCGCUGCGACGUCUGCAACUACGAGACGAACGUCGCGCGCAAUCUGAGGAUACACAUGACCAGCGAGAAGCACACGCACAACAUGCUGGUGCUGCAGCAGAACGUGAAGCACAUGCAGACCCUGUCGGCCCUGUCCCACCACCAGCAGGCCCAGCACCACCACCAGCAGGCCCAGCAGCAGCACCAGCAGCUCGAGCAGUUGCUGCACCUCGGCGGCUUGGACAAGCCGCAGCACGCCGAGGCGGCCCUGGCCGACAUGGCCUACAACCAGGCGCUGCUCAUACAGAUGAUGACCGGCGGCCAGUUGCCGCCGCAGCUGCCGCCCGAGCUGAUGGGCGGCAUCGCGAGCAUCGGCGCGAUGAGCAACCUCGGCGGCGACAUCGGCCUGUCGCCGGACAGCAUGGAGCCGCCGCCGGAGCCCGCCGACCCGGACCCCGCGCAUCUCUAUCACUGCUGCGUCUGCAACAACUUCGCCACGGACUCGUUGGACGCUCUCGGCCAUCACUUGGGCGCCGACCGCACGAGGACCCGCGAGGGCGAGAUCCUCGCGGUCGUCGCCGGGCAUUUCGUCUGCAAGCUCUGCUCCUACAAGACCAACCUGAAGGCGAACUUUCAGCUGCACUGCAAGACCGACAAACACCUGCAGCGUCUGCAGCACGUGAACCACGUGAAGGAGGGCGGCCCGCGGAACGAGUGGAAGCUCAAGUACCUGGCGUCGCCGACCAGCGCUGCCCAGUUGCGCUGCCACGCCUGCGACUAUUACACCAACAGCGCCCACAAGCUGGCCCUGCACGCGGCCUCGCCCAGACACGAGGCCGCGGCGCUCCUGCUGCGCCAUCUCAUCGAGACCAGCAACAGCAUCCAAUCGCCCGGCAAACUCUAUCACUGCGCCCUGUGCGCGUUCAGCGCGCGACACCGGUUGCAGCUGCUGCAGCACGUCAGAUCGCUGCGUCACCUUCAGAUGGAGCAGCUGCACCAGCUCCAGCGACGGAACAGCUUCCAAGGGAACGAGACCCCGCACACCGACAUCGGCGACGUGUUCCAGGUGAUGAGCGACCCCGACGUGCCGUCGACGCAACGCUCCAGCCCGACCACGCCGAACGCCGCGAGCGCCAACAAUGAACGGCGGGAGGAGGGUAGCGAGUGCGGCAGCGAAGUGAAGCAAGAACCGGACAACGAUCCCGAGCCGGAAGCGGAUACCGAGAACGAUCAGGAGGACAUCGCGUGCCUGUACUGCACGUACCAGCCGACGUCGCGGGAGGAACUGCGGCAACAUCUGCAGGUGGCCCACGUUCAGGAUUCGGAGGAGAAGGCGGAGACGGUGAAGGAGGAGCCGACGCCGGACUUGCUGUGUCCGCUGUGCCAAGACAGCUUCAAGGAGCGGCCGGCUCUGGAGAAGCACGUGAUGCAGAUCCACUCCGUGAACGCGGACGGUCUGCAGAGGCUGUUGCUGUUGGUGGAUCAGAGCCACUGGCUGAACAACAACCCGCGCAACACCUCGACGCCGGCCGUGACGACGCCGACGUCGCCCACGACGAUGGCGAAGCCGCAGCAAGAGGAGGAGCUGAGCGAGCGGGGGGUCGGCAACGACGAGGUCGAGGAGAUCACGAGGUGCACCGUGUGCGGCCGGGUGUGCCGCUCCAUCGAGGAGCUGCAGCAACACCACCGGGAGGCGCAUCCGGCCGCUACGCCGACGCUGGCGGUCAGCGAGAAGCACGUGUACAAGUACCGGUGCGGACAGUGCAGCCUGGCGUUCAAGACCCUGGAGAAGCUGCAGCAGCACUCGCAGUACCACGCCAUCAGGGACGCGACCAAGUGCGCGCUGUGCGCGCGAUCCUUCCGCUCGGUGCAGGCGCUCCAGAGACACCUGGAGUCGGCGCACGCGGACCUCCACGAGGACGAGAUGGCUCAGUGCAAGCAGAGCCUGAUCCACGUGCACCCGCUGCUCCAGGCGUUCACGGAGGAGAUGCUGAGGAAGCAGGGCGAGCAGAACGCCGAGGACGAGGCCGGCAGGGGCGACGAGGAGGAGAGCGACGCCAGCGACUCGUCGCCGUUGCACAAGGAGCAACGUCUGCUGGAGGAUUACCUGAACAGUCCGCAGGUCGCCGAGGACACCUACCACGACCCCCUGCGGAAGUUCAAGUGUCACCGGUGCAAGGUCGCCUUCACCCGGCAGAGCUACCUCAGCGGCCACAACAAGACCCUGCUGCACCGCAAGGGCGAGAAGAUGUCUUACCCGAUGGAGAAGUACCUCGACCCGAACCGGCCGUACAAGUGCGACGUCUGCAAGGAGAGCUUCACGCAGAAGAACAUACUGCUGGUGCACUACAACAGCGUGAGCCAUCUGCACAAGCUGAAGCGGGCGAUGCAGGAGCAGGGUAACAACAACACGCUGAUCUCCGUGGUGCCGCCGGCCAGUCCGACCGAGUCGCCCGACUCGCAGCAGGACCAGGACAAGAAGCCGUACAAGUGCAACAUCUGCAAGGUCGCUUACUCGCAGGGCAGCACCCUGGACAUCCACAUGAGGAGCGUGUUCCAUCAGACGCGCGCGAGCAAGCUGCCGGACCUCGCCGCCAGCGGCCAGGUGGACCUCGCUCGGCCGUUGAUCGAGCAACCGCCGCCGUGCAGCCCGAACAGCCCGCCCGUCACCGCGAACCCCGGCAACACGGCCGGCGGGAUGCUCUCCUGUCCGCGCUGCAGCGCCCUCUUCGUCAAUCAGGAGCAACUUACUACGCACCAGCAGCUCUACUGCAUCCUCAGCAACCCGCUGGCGUUGUUUCAGCAACUGGCGGCGUCGCAGCAGCUGGCCACCCCGGCCAAGACUCCGCCGCCCGCGUCGACGACGCCCGGGCCGGACGUGCAGCAGAGCGUUCAGCACUCCUCCCAGGACAUCCUCUCGCAGCCCCGGCACAGGACCUCGCAGAUGUACAAGCAUCUGCUGGAGAGCUUCGGCUUCGACCUCGUGAUGCAGUUCAACGAGAAUCACCAGAGACGGCAGCAGAAGGAGGAGGAGGUGGCGGCCGCGCUCCAGGCGCAGCAGGAGCAACAGAAGCAGGAGCAGCAGAAGCAGGCUCUGGCCGCUCAGGCGGCGCAGGAGCGCGAGAAGGAGGCCGAGGAGCACACCAACCACGGGGUCAGGAACGAGACCACCGUCAGCACCUGUCAGCACUGCAACAAGGAGUUCAGCGGUAUCUGGGUGCUCAAGGCGCACUGCGAAGAGGUGCAUCGCGACCUCGUGCCGCACGAGUUCCUCGAGAAGUACGCCCAGCACAUCAAGUGCGAGUACGAGAAGAAGAGCGUCGUGGUGACCGCCGCGACCUCCUCGUCGACCACCACCGCGCCGCGCAGCUCGACACCCGCCGCACAGCCGCAGGAUCUCAGCUCGGCCGACAAGGAGUCGCGCGACAAGGAGAAGGAGGAGAACGACGGCAAGGAGCGCGUGAGCCGGACCCCCGAAGCCACAUCCACCACGCCGGCGACCACCCCGGCGUUGAGCAACACUCCCGUCUCGAGCACGGACUCCACCACUGCGAUGUCCGCCAACCCGCAGCAUCACGUUCAGCAGCAGCAGCAGCAACAUCAGCAACAACAGAUGCAGCCGCAAUCACAGCAGCAACAGCAGCAGCACGCUCAGCUCACGCUGGUGCAACAAAUGUCGGAAAUGCAGGCCGCGCUGAACGCAAUGGCGGCGUCGCAGCUGCAGCAUCAGCUGCAGCAGUAUCCGGGACUGAUGAUGGGGAUGAUGGGCCUGCCGUUAGGGUUGAACGCCCACGCUCUGGCCGCCAUGAACCUGCAACCGCCCCUCGUGCCAAUGAUGCUACCGCCACCGCCGUACGAUGGCGCCGCCGCCGGAUAUCCGUCGAUCAAUGCUCAGGCUGACCUCCUGGCCAAGCAGCAUCUCGCCCUUCAGCAGCAACAGGCAGCGGCAGCGGCGAACGCCGCGGCAUCGCAAAAACGUGCACGCACGCGUAUCACCGACGAACAAUUAAAGAUCUUGCGGGCGCAUUUUGACAUCAACAAUUCGCCCGGGGAGGAACAGAUUAUAGAGAUGGCUGCUCAGAGCGGUCUGCCGCCGAAAGUUAUCAAACAUUGGUUCCGCAAUACGCUGUUCAAAGAGCGGCAGCGCAAUAAAGACAGCCCGUACAACUUUAACAACCCGCCGAGCACCACUCUGAACCUCGAGGAAUACGAGAAGACCGGCGAGGCGAAGGUGACCCCGUUGAACUCGAGCGUGUCGGGCGGCAGUUCCUCCGACGACAAGAGCCCGAACAAACAGGCCUCACCGCCGCCGAUGCCGAACGUGAGCACCUCGCAACAGCAGCAACAGGCGGCCGAGAUCAAGCAGGAGGCGUCCGAACCGGCGCAGUGCCAACAGCAUCAAGAGGAGCAGCAACACCACUCGCCCGGGAGCUCGGGCGGGCAACAAUCGCGACCGCACUCGCCCGCCCUCAGCAUGAGCUCCGUGUUCUCCGGCAUCCACCACGACGUCUCCUCCCACGCUCCGUCGAGCACCCCGAGCGGCCCGAUGUUACCUCCGCCGAAAGUGACGCCGCAGAACUUCGCGAAUCCAACACCGGCCGCGGCCGGUGUCGUACCGGGCUCGAUCGCCGCGAUGGCGCUGACGCCGCAGAGGUCCCUCAGCCCGGGCCGUGGCCCGACCGAUUACUCCUUCGUCGGCAAUAGCAACGGCAGCAACUCCUCCGGCAGCAACUCCGGUAAGCGCGCCAACCGUACGAGAUUCACCGACUAUCAGAUCAAGGUCCUGCAGGAAUUCUUCGAGAACAACGCGUAUCCGAAAGACGACGACCUGGAGUACCUGAGUAAGCUGCUCAGCCUGAGCCCGCGCGUGAUCGUCGUGUGGUUUCAGAACGCCCGGCAGAAGGCGCGCAAGGUCUACGAAAAUCAACCGGCGCCCGAGCUCGUGAUACCGGGCGGCCGCGAGAACGAGGACGGUGGGGCCGCCGGCAGCGGCGGCAACGUGCCGGGUAGGUUUCAGAAGACCGGCUCGACCUACCAGUGCAAGAAGUGCCUGCUCAUAUUUCAGAAGUACUACGAGCUGGUGCGCCAUCAGAAGUCGCACUGCUUCAAGGAGGAGGACGCGAAGAGGAGCGCCCAGGCUCAGGCCGCGGCGGCCCAAGUCGCCGCGAUUCUCAGCUCGGAGGACAGCAACAGCAGUUCCACCACCACGGCGAACAACACGGUGUCCGGUAGCAACCCGUCGACGGUGUCGGCGCUCGCCGAGCAGCUGCAGCAGUCGUUGAACACCGUGACACCUCCGCACCAUCAGCAGCAGACCCAGGCCCACCAACAGCCGGCGCAGCAGCCGCCGCCCUCGCAGCAGCAACAGUCGCAGACCGAGUCGAAAGAAGGUAGCUUUCAAUGCGACAAGUGCAACCUGAUGUUCGGACGCUUCGAUCUCUGGCGCGAACAUCAAUUGGUACAUAUCAUGAACCCGUCCCUAUUCCCGCCGUCGUACCCGCCCGACUCGCCCUUUGGGAUCCUGCAGCAGCAGGCUCUCAACGCUACCAGCGGAGUCGCGGCUGAACCUUCGCAUCCUCUCAUCAGUCUGAUGCAGGACCGCAAGAGAAAGUACGACGAUUUUGAGGAGAGCACGCCCGGCGACAACCGCUCGAAUUCCGAGCACAACGAGCAGCCGAAGGACAAGCGUCUGCGCACGACGAUACUGCCGGAACAGCUGGACUAUCUCUACCAGAAGUACCAGGUGGAGUCGAACCCGUCGAGGAAGAUGCUCGAGACGAUCGCGCGGGAGGUUGGACUGAAGAAGCGCGUGGUGCAGGUGUGGUUUCAGAACACCCGUGCGCGCGAGCGCAAGGGCCAGUUCCGGGCGCACAGCCAGGUGAUCAACAAGCGGUGCCCGUUCUGCCCGGCGCUCUUCAAGGUGAAGUCCGCGCUGGAGACCCACCUCAGCAGCAAGCACGCCGACCAAGUGGCGCGCGGCGAGGUCAACAUAGACAACAUACCGGACGAGGAGCUCUCGAUGGAGUCGGCACCCUCCAACUCCAGUACCCCGAACAUGAUGCCGCCGAUGUUCCCGCCGUUCACCAGCGAGGUGGAGGCCUCCCUGAAGAGAUACUACGAGGAGUCGAUGAAGCGAUACAUCAGCGAGCUGCAGGCGCACGCCAGCAACGGCAAGCAGGAGACGUCGAAUCACCAGGCCAGCAGCGGCGAGUCUCCUCUGGAUUUGAGCAAACCAGUCGACCUCAGUCGUCCGAUGAUGAAGCUUAGUUUGGGUGGUUUGGGCAAUCUCCUCGAGGAGCAGCACAGCUCUCAUUUCCGUGGCGGUAGCGAUUGCGGCCCUCUUACCGAUCUGUCCGAGCGCAGCGUCUGCGACGAGGACAGCAUGAGCGAGACCACGGAGUUCCUGGACGAUGAGAGCGGACCGGCCAGUCCAGCCUCGAGUACUCAGAGCUCGAGGCAGGGUCCUGCCAGCGGAAGCACCGGGAAUACCGCGGGCGGGCCACCGGUAACCAGUGGCCAGUCCGGCGGCAACGCCAGUCAGUCCGGUGGCAAACGGUAUCGCACGCAAAUGUCCGCCACGCAAGUGAAGGUGAUGAAGUCGCUCUUCUCGGAUUACAAGACGCCGACGAUGGCUGAAUGCGAGAUGCUCGGCCGCGAGAUCGGCCUACCCAAACGAGUCGUUCAGGUCUGGUUUCAGAACGCUCGUGCUAAAGAGAAGAAGGCCAGACUAGCAGCGGGUCUUCCGGCGGAAGGGUCAGCCGUGCAACCGCAUCGCGGGCCGACCGGGCCCGACGAGUGUAGGCUGUGCUCGGUUCGUUAUUCGGCCAAGACUCCCCUUCAGGAACACGUCUUCUCGCGGCGGCAUAUCGAGUCGGUGCGCGUCGCCGUUGAAGAAGGCAGCCUCGUACCACCGACUCCUGGAGCACCCAUCGUGCCCGGUGGCAGCGGCGCCGUUGGUGUAUCGGGCAUCGGCAACUCGUCGGUGGUCGCCGCGGUUAGUCAGCAAGUCAACCAGCAGCAGCAACAGCAGCAGGCGGACGAAAACAUGAUGUACGGAUCCUUGUUCCUCCACCCCACGGCAAUGUUCCAAUCGCAGCAGCAGCAACACCCCGCAGGCGCUGCUACGAGCACAACUACGACCACGGCUGUAGCGGCUGCGGGCUUGAGCGGUGGCCUACUCGGAAGCGGUCUGAUGCCGCUGCACGUGGAGGGCGGCGCGCAGGUGCAAGUGCCGCGGUCCCUGAUGCAGGCGUUCCUACAGCAAGACCCGAACCACCCCGGCGUGGAGACGGUCCGUCUGCCGAGCCUGGCGCAGUGCGCCACCGACGAGAACGGGCCGUUGCCGCAGCAUUGUCGCGAGUUGGAGACCGAGCUGUGUCUGGUGUGCCGGCGUUGCAGCAGGGCGUAUCCGCAGGAGUCGUCACUGCUGGCGCACCAGCGCUCCUGCUACCUGGGCAAUCAGCAACGUCGCGGCGCCCUGCGCCUCGUGCAGGCGCGCUACGCCUGCUCGCUGUGCGAGUUCUCUCUCUCGGUGCCGACGCGCACUUACCCCACCGUGAGUGAGUGGCGUCGCCACGCCGAGACGCUGCAGCAUCGCGCGCGCUUUGAGGCCGCCCAAGAACGCCAGCAGCAGCAGCAACAACAGCAAUUCGCCAGCGUGGACGGCGGUGCGCAAUCCGGCGAGGAGACGAACCCCCUCACCGACGAGAUGGAGAACGUCGUCAACCAGAUUACUCUGCUGGCGGCGCGCGCUGCCGCCGAGAGCACCACCAGUCAGCCUCAGGCUGGCGAGAAGACCAGCCAGGACAACAACAACGGUCCCGACGUCAAGCGACAGAAACUGGUGCAGGAAGUGGCCGCCCUUGCCGGGGCACGUUAAACGCCGCCCGAGGACUGGGAACUCGGGGCUUGGUCAGUCUACCGGUCUGUCCUCCCGGAGACGGGGAUGACGUGUGCGACGGCACGGACCAGGAAGACGAGCAGGUGCGGAGGAAGUGGAGAAUGCGGAAGAUGCAGAAAGAGGCUGGGGAAGGCUGGCAGAGGGAGAGACGGCAAUCGACGGACGUCGCUUGGAGGAGAUCGGACUCGAGGACCUCGCAGUGGACGAGCAAUGUUCCUAACCGGCGAUUAACGGGGGAGCACGGGUGUACACCUCGGUGAAGAUCGGUCGGGUGCGCACACCGGCUUCUUCAUCGCGGACAUUGGGGUGCACAC